AUGGCUCAAAGAGAUUUGCAGCAAAGAGAAUUGUCUAAGAAAAUGUUCGAGUCAAAAAUUCCUGUUCUGGCAAAGAAUACACUAAAAAGCUGCCCAGUAGCAAUUUCGAGGGUUGCCAGAACAGAGGCAGAUGUAAAGCAGCAAAAAAAAGUCAAGAUGGGAGAACACUGCUGGUCAAAGAAACAAAACUUUCCUACAUCUAAAGAUAAAGGUAUAUACAUUGCUCAACAUAAAAAAGCUGAGCCAGAAGAAAAUCGUUUGCCAGCGAAAAAAAACUUUCCUAUUUCUAAAGAUGAAGCUCUACAUGUUAAUCAACAUAAAAAAGCUGAGUCGGAAGAAAGUUGUUGGUCAACGAAAGAAAACUUUCCUACAUCUAAAGAACACGAAGCGAAAUUUGAUGACAAAUUUCGGCAGUUUAUUUUAAGUGGAAAAGAACUGACACCUUCCAUGUUGAAUCAGGAAUCGGGGGCCAAGUUAUCAUAUAAUAGGCCUUCUUCAUUGAUACACAGACCAUUUAUUGUUCCUGAUGAUCCUUGCAAGGAAGCUUUGAAAGCCAUAGAAAAUUGGAAAUUAUCAAAGCCUGGACCAAUACAAGCUAGAAGAAAAGUGUUAUCCUCACCAAUGCAGGCUACUGGGGGCCUUUAUUCUGGUAGUAAUGCUAUUGCCGAAGCAUAUAAAAAGAUAGAAAUCCUGAAGCAACUAAGGAAAAAAAAGGAAAAUAACAGAAAAGUGAGAUUCAACCUUCAAGUUGACGAUGCACCUCUUCAUCCUGCUGAUGAACUUAGAAAUUUGCAGAAACGAGAAAAAUCUGAAGUUAAAUUAAAAAGGAUAAGUGAAAUCAAUGAAUGCCCAGUAGCUGAGAAAGAGAAUUCAAUAAAAAUUUCUUCAACUGAAGUAGUUGCUUCGACUUCAGUAUCUAGGAGUUCAAAGUGUUGUGUCCCAAACAAAUUUUUUACUCCAUGUCCCGAUUCCUACAAACUUUCCUUUUUGGAAGAACCAAACGAGAACAGAGAAGUUCGAGUGAAAUUGAAUUUUGAAGAUAAAGAAAUGAAAAGCAAAAAAGAGAAAAAUCAGUCUCAGUCCCAUAGUCCAAUUAAAAGUGAUAUUUGGAAUGGGAUUCUCUUUGGAGACGUAGCAACUGCUAGGAAAGUUCUGUUACACCUCCCUGAAGAGGAAUAUUCUGUGAUAAUAGUGAAGCAGAAACAUGUACGCGAGGGUGCCAUAAAGAAUCCAGUAAGCAUCAUCCUGAAUGAGGCCAAUGAAACGGCCAGAACUGAAUUAGAAGGGAACAAGCAUUUAAUUGUUUAA